GGGGUGAGCCAGGCCACGUGUGAGGGGUGGCUGUCGGGAGCACAUGGGGCCAGUGCGCUGGCGGGCCUGCCCCCUGGGACCGCGCUGUGUUCUAGUCACACCACUGCCCCGCUUAGAGAAACGGACGCUGGCCCUGGCCGCCUUUACCCAGCGUGUCCCUCUCGGUCUGCAGCCCCCGGCUGUGGCCCAGGCCAGACACAGUCCGCAGCGUCCGGCGCCUGCGUGGGCAGACUUUGUUCCGAGGGGCCCAUCCCUUCUGGAGCCUCUUCCCGUGACCCAGGCGGGGGUGGAGCUGAGGGCAGCUGCGUCCUCGGCCUGGAAUAAACACUAAAGCUGCUGACGGAACCAGAUUCAGACCUGGCAGAUGGGAGUCAGGCCGCCCACACCUUGUCUGCGGGUGACCGUGAGGUCCUGCCUGGAGGGGCGAGGCCGCGGGUCUGUCCUCCCAGGAAGGUGGCUCCCGCCUUCCCUGGGAAGGGCAGCCCCGAAGCGCUGGGCUGGGGACAGCGGAGCAGGGGUUCGCUCGACAGUGUCCGUGAGAGACCCUGCUUGGCCUCUACCUGAUGGCCACGUGACUCAGGUUGUCCUUUCAGGGGAGAUGUGAAUUGUCGCUUAGGCGUCCAUGGAUUCACUCCACACGCAGGAUGACACGCAGGCGCAGGUACAGGAUGGAGGCUCUCUUUAGGAAGCGUGUGACUCCUGCAAGCUCCCACCAGACAAUGCAGCUGUUUGAAGUCAGAGCCAUUAGCUAAGAAGCCUCAUCGCCAAGGGGGUGUGUGCCCGACUCUGAAUGCCACCUCGUCUGUGAGGACCAGUGCACCCCUGGGGACGAAGCUCGCCUCUACCGCCUUCCCGAGGCCCCCGGCCACUCCGGGGACAGCGGCUGCCACGCAGACGUCUUCAGGGCGCCCCGCAGGCUCGGCCCCACCUGCCCCUCCCUCCCUGUGAAGGAGCGCCCAGAAUGAGAGAGGGGCUGCGUGCUGGCCCCGCACAGGGACUCCCGGCCCCGCAGAGACCCUCCCCGACGGGACCUCCCGGGGAGCGGGGGUACGGAGAGCCGGGGAGGGGAGCCCCCGUCUCUGUACAGCAGCUGUAGGGGUGCGUGGGGCCUGGCCUGAGCACAAACACCCACGGGGACACACCGGAUAAGCCGGCCGUCUGUGGGCCCGCUGCUGUGCCCCACGGCAGCUCAGAGCCUGCACCGUGGGCUGCCUGCGCCCCAGCUCCGGCACUCCGGACACGGGGCGUCUAGUGGGUCAGUGCAGGGCCAGGUCGCCUCCAGCCGGGAUUUUGACGUCUUUCCACCUCAUUCCAGUUGCCCGAGAGAAAAUGAAGUGGCCUGAGCCCUCCGGUGCCAGGCGGUCUCUGGAGCUCGGUUGUAGUGGCCCUUCCAGGCGUGUCUGAGCCGAGGUCGAGGUCUCUCUUCCCCAUCUCGGCCCGGAGCAGCUCCUCCUGCGCUAACCGGUGCCCCCGUGUGUCCGGCUCUGCCCCCUCCCUUAGCCCUCUCCACGCGCAGCCGGGGCCCUGCCCCCCGCUGGUCUGAUCUCAAAGACGGGAAGCUGAGGCCCAGGGUUGGCGAGCACUUGGUGCCGAGUUGGGGCUGCUGCCCAGGCCGCCUGGUUCCAGAGCCCGUCUGCGUUCUCGCUGUAGGUGUGGCCCCCUGCCUGCAGGGGAGCAGAGCCAGAGGGGCAGGGGGUGGGCGCUCUGGAGCCCCAGGCCCCGUCUUGGAGGCACGCCGGGGAGGGGUCAGCCCUCCCAUUUGGCCCGUGAAGGGAGUGUUCCUGAUAGAUGUUGCUGACUGUGAGAAAUAAGUUCCUGUUUCUGCAUCUCCCUUCUGGGAACGCAGGGUGCAGGGUGCGAGGGCGACGGAGAACUCGGGAAGCUAACGUCCAUGUGGAAAUGUCUAUCUCAUGUGUUCAGCCAUCGCGGACGCUCGGGCUGUCUAGGGCCCAAUCAGAGGAAGACGGAAUCUCUGUGUCUGUCUUUCCUUCCUACUCUCACCUUGUCUGCCUGUCUUAGUUGAGUUGAGAGGCAACAGAAAGCACCUAGAAAGUUGGCUGGCCCCUGGGGGAGGGGGGUAACCUCAUUGAAGGAUAACUGUGGUUUGUGAAACGCAGCACUUGAAGUGGGAGGGGUCUGGCGAAGAGCGCUGGUCCCUGCGGGGCUGGUUUGGAGCUGCCUUUGGGAGGGGGCGGAAGGGGUCUGAGAUGCCCCAUCGCUCCCGGGAAUGUCUUGCCUGAGUCCUGGGAAUUUCUCCUCUGCUCAGGGACACACUUCUGUACUGGAGUCAAGGGCCCCAAGCCUCGGCGUCCCCAUCCAGCAAUGAGAUGCUGGAGCUGAUCGAUGGGCUUUCCGGGGGUUCGCUGUGUCCUUAGAGGUGCCUUAUGCCACAGGGAGGGUGCAGCAAGGGGACCUGGGGCAGGGUAGGGGGAGGGGAGGUCCUGGGGCAUUGGCCCUGCCCUAUGUGAGCCUGGUUCCUCGGUGAAAUUUACGGGAAGGUCUUCCUGAAGGACUGUGCAGCCAGAGCAGAGCUGAACCCUCUAGAUGGAGACGUGGAUCUUGGCUGCGACGGGGCCCACGGAGCCAGCCUCCAGUGCCUGUGGCCUCGCCCUCCUGGCCCUGCAACGCGGAGCCAGCAGAGGAAGUUACUUCCGGGGUGUGUGCACUGGGCUAGCAGUGAGGGAGGACCCCGUAUUUAACUGUACCGCGUGCGUCUUCACACCAAGCAUUAGGAAGCCAUGGGCUGGGAAAAGCCUUGCUGCGAAUAUGCGUCACCGUCAUCGCGGGCGGAGGGAUUGUCCCUCACCAGAUCAGAUGGACGAUGACAAGGCCGGCCUCCCGGGCGCUGACCACUAAGAAGUGGGACUCCCCGAGUCGCAGGAGCUCCGCCCGUCCCCGGGAAGCCUGCGACCAGCGUCCUCAGGCUGCCCGGGCCGUCGCACUCCAGCCCCUCAGCUGCCCCCGGUAAAUGGGUCUCCGUUCGGUGAACCCGAGCCUCCACCAGCCGGCCUCACGGACACGGGCGCCAGACAACAACGUAGGUCUGUGGGGACCAAUCACCGGCCCAGGAAGCACAGAGGACAGAGGACAAGACCCACCAGGGAGAUGUGUCGGCCACGGGAUAAAGGACCCUGUGUGCCCAACAAAUCAACGGCCAGGGAAAGGUCCUGGGGUGGGGCCUUCCUUGAGUCUGGAUUCAAAUCAACAAAGCUCGAAAACGUUGACGUUUGUGAGACAACCGGAAAUUUGAACGUGUGAGAUGGCUGAUAUAAAGACGUUGUUAACGUUUUAGGUGUAACGAAGCAUUUGUGGAUAAUGGAAAGCCGACUGGCUAAUAGUUGUGGUGAGGGUGAGAGCCCGCCCUUUCGUGUACACACACCGACGCAAGAGAGACCUCACUCGUGCAGGUGCAGGCCGCCGGGCACGAGCUCUUCCAGCAGGUGUGCGACCUGGCCGGCAUCAGAGAAGCCCACUUCUUUGGCCUCAGUGUGAUAAGAAACAGCGAGCACGUCUUCAUGGAUUUGGAGCAGAAGCUCAGCAAAUACUUCUCAAAGGACUGGAAGAGAGAAAGACAUAGAGGAAGCGGCAGGCCCGGGGCCCCCUUCGUGGCCUUCCUCAGGGUGCAGUACUACGUGGAAAACGGAAGGCUUAUCAGCGACAGGACGGCCAGGCACCUGUACUACUGCCACCUGAAGGAGCGGGUGCUGCGGUCCCAGUGCGCCCACCGGGAGGAGGCCUACUUUCUGCUGGCUGCCUACGGGCUGCAGGCCGACCUGGGCGAUUACCGCGAACCGGCACACUCGGGCCGCUACUUUGAGCCGCAGGCCUACUUCCCGCAGUGGAUCAUCACCAAGAGGGGCAGCGCCUACAUCCUCAGGCACGCGCCCACCCUGCACCGUGAGCAGGGGGGCCUGAGCCCCAAGGAGGCCGUGCUGCGCUUCAUCCGGGAGGCCUGCCGGCUGGAGGACGUGCCCGUCCAUUUCUUCAGGCUGUACAAGGUCCAGCUGCGGGGACGCCAGGAUAAGAAGGAGGACCGACCUACCAUUGUCCUGGGACUGACCCUCAGAGGGGUGCAGGUCUAUCAGGAGGUGAACCGCGCUCCACAGCUGCUCUACGACUUCCCCUGGCGCCACAUCGGGAAGCUGGCCUUUCUGGGCAAGAGGUUUGAGCUCUGGCCGGAUGGGCUGCCCGCGGCCCGGAAGCUGGUGUACCGCACGGGCUGCUCCUGGCGCUCCCGCCACCUGCUGCACCUGCUCAGCACCAGCCACCAGCUGCACCUGACCCUGCAGCCUGCGCUGCAGCGGCUGCGGCAGCUGGAGGAGGCCCAAGAGAAGAAGUGCUACCGGGAGUCCUGCGUCAGCGACGUGCUAGAGCUGGACCUGGACCUGGACCUGGCCAGGAGGCCGUCCCCCGGCUCCCCUGGCAGCGGGGACAAUAGGGACGGAGGCUGGCGUCCCCCGCACCGCCUCUCACUCCUCUCGUCUGGCAGCCACUGCAGCUCCCACUCGUCGGGCAUCGAGGCCGACUCCCAGCUGGCGGGGCCCGUGGAGCCCGGGGAGAUGUCGGUGGAUGAGCCCAUCGUCGGGGCUGCAGCGCUCCACGGGGAGGAGCCGCCCAGCAGCUCCAGGACCAGCCAGAGCAGCCGUGGCACAGUUGGUGGUGGCAGAGGUGGGCCUGAGGGCGACACCCGGGACCAGGGGGAAGCCUCUCCCCAGCAGCCCUUGGCCGCGGUGCGGGUCACGCUGGUGAGCACGAGGGGCCCGAGCGCUGAGGCCCUGCACCAGGUGCCGGAGGCCCGGGCGGCAGCCGGCCCCGCGGCCCCGCACAGCCGCAGCGUGGACGACGCGCGCCCCGCCCCGCGCCGCGCCCCGCGCCCCGCCCCGCGCAGCUGCCCCCUCCGCCGCGCGCUGGACCCCGGGCCGAGGAGGUCCGUGAACUCCCGCUCCCUGGACCUGCUCGGAGAAGACCACCACCCCGAGGAGUUCGUGGUGUAGACGCCUCGGGGUACCGCUUCACCCCCGCAGGGCCCCGUCCGCGCCGCACGGCUCCGCCCACUUGGGACUCUGUCCCUGCAGCGCCGCUCCAUCCACGCGGGGCUCCGUCCAUCUCUCCAUCCACGUCUCGCCGGCCCUCUCUGACCUGGAGGCUCCCACCUACCACCGCCAGGCUGAACGGGGCCUCUGGCACCGCCCCUUUUACCUGGCGGCUUUGCACCUUCACCUGUCUGAGGGGUGGAGCCACCUCUGUCAGGCCUGGAGGUGCCGACGAGGUCUCAUUUUCCCUGCUGCUCGGACUAUGGCUGGUCCGAGCAUCAUCCGAGGUCCGCGGCUCCAGUCUCUGCGCAGUGGCGCGUGGGCCGUGCUGCCUCUAACGCUCGAGGGAAGGUGUUUCAGCUCAGGGGUCCCCAACCGCCCGGCCGCGGCCUGUUUGGGGCCGGGCCGCACAGCAUGCCCUCCGGAGCUCGCAUGACCGCCUGAACCAUCAUUCCCCCACCCCCACCCGCCACCCCGCCUGUGGAAAGAGUGUCUUCCACCAAACCGGUCCCUCAUGCCAAAAAGUUUGGGGACCAAUGUCCUAGCUGCUCUCGGACAUUGGAGAGACCUCUGGGGUUCCCCUGCCACCAACUCCUCGAUAGAUGGUGAGACCAAGAACAGUAAGCUUCCCGGGAGUCCUUGAGCUCACGGUCACCGUCGUUGUCACUGCACUGGCCACAGCUUCCUCAGACCACCCUCUCUGCAGCCCCUGCUGUUCACAGCCCUGGGCCCACUGGACAGAGGCGCCUCUGUGAGCCGUGGGCCCAGCUGCGUCACCCCAGACCCUCAGCAGAGCCCACCUUGUCCGCCGUGUGUACACAGAGGCACUGGGCCUGGAACCGCACAGCCACGUGGACACUGGUCCCGUGGAGCUGGUGGCAGGAAGUGGGAGGGGCAGGCUAAGGAGGAAGCCGUGAUCUACUCUGACUCACAGAAGGAAGGCUCCAGAAGAAAGCCCGCCAGCGCAGAGCCUGAGUUUUCUCCUUCCCAUCACAAGUCAGGCUCUGAAGGCGGUCCUUCCCCACCUCCUGCCCCAGUAUCCACCCAGCCCGGAGGGCGUCUGGGCACCAGGGAGCCGUGGCAUCUAGUCAGCACUGGUCACCCCCCCGCCCACCGGCCAUUCAGUGCACCUGGCCCCUCCCCAAGUCAGAAGACUGGAUGGGAGGUGGGGACAGGGAUGGGUCCGGACCGCCAACACCCCUCGUCUGGGGCAGGAGACCCCUUCCGAGCUUCGCCACCUCUCCAGCUGGCGGCUCCACAAGUGGCUGAAUGGCUGAGUGGAGCUUCACAGUGAUUUCUGGAAAAGCAUAUUGAGGGACUUUGACCUUCGCUGGGGGCCGUACUGGCCGGUGAUUAAGAGGCCGGUGAGCAGGCCGAGUGUCCCACUUAGGGCUGGACCCGCCGGGGUCGGGGCGCCCGGAGGGUGGGCUGUAGUUAACGCUGUGCUUUCCCGUCCAAGUCAGGGCAGCUGCCCCAGGGCUGAGACAUGGCCCCCAUCGCCUCCAGGGCCCUACAUGCAGGGGGCCUUCUCGAACCGUCCACCUCAUGGACAGUGCAGAGUGGCUGCGCUGAGCCCAGACGGCGGAGGGAGCUGGCCUCAGGUUGGCGCUCUGUGUCCCCAGAGGGAAAGGCAGGGCUGGUGCCGUGUCUCACCUAUCUCCUGACCCCAGCUGGGCCCUGCAUUCCUUGCUCUGGAACAGGUGGGACUCCACGGGUAACACCACCCUCCCAGCCUGAGGCUGGUGACAGGCACGUGGCGUGGUGUGGCUUAAUUCACUUGUGUGUCCCUCUGGCCCUACCCCCACUUGCACACGUCCUGCCCUCUGUCUGGACGCACUGACCUGUGUGUCACUGUCGGAUAGUCCCAGGCGCUGUGCCCGAGACACCAUCGUCCCCUCCCUGUUCUGCUCACGCCUUGAGGACCCCACAAGGGCUGUGUUUUGGGGACGGGGUGGAGCCUGAGCCCAGGGGGCGGGGUCUGAAGCCUAGCCUUAACCGGGCCUCUUGGUCCUUACUGUGAAAGGAAAUCGCACUCGUGCGCACACCGCGCAUGUGUAAUGAAGAGCUGCACACACGUCCGUGUGUCUGCACCUGGGCAGCCUGCGCCGGGGGCGGGGCGCCGGGAGGCUGGGCGGGGCGGCCACACGAGUACUAGAUUCUCGCGGUGAGGGUUCCUGGACACCGAGAGCUUCACCUCGAGAAGAACCACGGUGUCCUAGUGCUGCGUGGACGGAGGAGCUUGGAGGGGAGACCAGCCCCCGCCCUUGGAGUUCAUGUUUGUCUAAGUCGUUUUUUAAAGAAGCAUGGUGGGGGCGGCUGAAGGGCGGUGCUGCCGCGGGGCACGGGCCGGCAGGGGGGCCUCAUCUGCUCAGUCUUUCCCUCAUUAAGCAGACGUCACCGAGUCAGGUCACGUGCCAGCACUGGGUGGACGCCAGACGGGGGCAGUACCCCCCAGCACGGAGCGCGGUGAGGGCCAGGGUCGGCCGUGGUAGUGCUGGACCUCCCGGGCCGCCCUUCAGAGUCCCCUGUGCAGGAGGUGCCCACAUGCCCAGCCGGGCCUCCCCGAAACAGGGCUCCCGAGGACACCUAGCCUGUGGCCACAGGAGCAGGCGGCGAGGGAGGUGUGGUCCUGGAGGACGGGCAUGGGCAUCCAGAGCUGUUGCGGGCCUGAGCCCUUGCUUUUCCGUGAGUUUCCGAGGUCACACUGAGUCGGGUCCCCAUGGUAAGAACUGAGGCUGCAUCUGCCCUGGUCUAGGGUCCUUUAAAGGAACUUUUGGGAGCAAGAGCCCAGCCUAACGGACUGCUUUGCGGUCCCACACACACACCCAUACGUGUGCACACGCGUGCACACGAACGUGGGCAGAAGUGGUGAGUGGGCGCGGAGCGGUGGAGGGAAGCUUUCACCGGGUGCCCACUCGGAGCCCCUCGCGGGGACUCGGAGCUCUGGCGUCUGAGCGCCCGCUCCCGCCCCCGCGCCCGCGCGUCCCGAGGCUGCCACGAGAGGGCGCUGGCGGCGCGCUGUGGCUCCGGGGCGGCAGGGACCUGGGUGCGUCCCGCCCCCGCGCGGCUCUGGAAGGCGGGGGCGUGGCCUCGGGGUUGGGGGCGGGGCCGCUCAGGCUGCGUGGCUUCCGACCUCGAACGCGGGCUGCGCCUGCGUCUGUCACCCCCGAUCCAACCCACCCCGACUUGAGGGUGGCCGGCGCCACGGGCCGAGAGAGGCUGCGCGCAGCCCCUGUGUCCUUGGCGGAAGAGGCGGCAGGGACCGCUGGCUGACCCCGGAAACCACCCGAGCUCUGUUCCUAUUUCUGCGCUCCCUCUGGGCCUUGCGGAGACACGGCGAACGGCCGCGUGUCCGCUCAGCACCGGGGCUCCGCGGUGGCUGGGCAGCGCAGGACGGUCCGGGGCCAGGCGGCACCGCGCCCCGGUCUCCAGCCCCGUCCCGCCGGCCCGGAGGCCGCGAAGGCCGGCAGAGGGGGCCCGUCCCCGGGGGAGGAGGGAGGCUUCUCUGCAGCAGCGGGAAAACCGCCUCUUCGUCUUGCGUGGGUUCGGACCCAAGGCCUUUCGGGCAAGGCGGAUGCUGCAGACGCCCCGGAAGACGGGUGUUAGCCAGCAGGGGGCCGCAGUUUGUGAGGGGUCACUCAGGACUGAGCCACCUUCGCCCCGGGGGUCGUGUGGCCCCCAGGGCUGCGGGGGGCGCCCCGACACGUCUCCCUCCACACUCGUCAGGGCUGAGAGGCAAGACCCCCAGGUUCCCUCUGGACGCUGGAGGGCGGGCGGGCGGAUGGCUCAGGAACGAGUAGGCCGGACAUGACCGCCGGCUCCCCCGUGAGGCCGGAGGUCACGCUAGCAGGUCCAGUUCCCGAGAACCCCGAGGGCUUGUUCAGGGCCAGCCACCCGCUGCUGGGCCCUGGGAACCUGCAUGUGGACCAGCGUGGCCCGUCUGCCCCGGGGACUCUGGGGCCAGAGAAGCACCGCAGCCCAACCUGGCGGCAGGUGUUUGGGGGCCUCACCCUCUCGGUCAUGGGCCAGGACUCCAGGGUACGUGUCCAGCCGGCCACCUCCGCUCUGUGAAGCCUUCUCUGCCCUCUGGCCCUGGCUCCCUCUUGGGAGACAGAAUCCGGGUUCAGGGUGUCCUUUCUCCAGGAAAGCCUGAUGCCCCAAGAAGGGCUGCAUGGGCUUUGAGACUCGGAAGAGAGGAACACGUCCCUCAGCUGUGUCCGGGGACCCUGGGGGCAGGCCCUGCCCGGGGCUCCUGCGGUGGGGACUCUGCGGCCCAGGCACGGAGGAGACGGGCAGGGCGAGCUGACCGCCAGGCCAUGGGCAUUGGGCUUUGGGCCCCAUCAGCAUGUUCACAUGGGGACACUGUUUGGAAAAAUGUGCAGGACUGGGACUUUUUAACCGUCAGUGGUUAAGCUGGCUGUCCCUCCACCCACCGUGCACCCCGUCACCCUCCCCGUGGGUGGAGCCGAUGGGCACUCGGGGCCCAGCCAAGGGGGAAGUGGGGUUUGGUGGGAGAUACCCGCGGGGUUCACAGUCACGGACAGAUGAACGGGGACAGCAGUGGCCUGCGGGAGGACCCCUGCGGUCAGAGGUCAUGUCUCGUGGGGACCUUGACCCCCCAGUGCCGGAAGCACGCGGCAGCAAAGCUGGCACCGCGGGGGCGGGGGUGGCAGGGAGGCCCACGGCUCACAGACCUCCCAGGCCCUCCCGUGGCUGUGAAGGGCGAAGCCACAGACACCAGCGUCGGGGGAAACCGGGAGAAAGCAGGGUGACUUCCUCGGUCAAGGACGUGGUCGAGGACGCAGCCAGGAGAGGCUGCCGGUGCUGACGGAUGAAGUGGUGGAAGCGCCUCGCGGAAUCCUGUGGUUAUUAGUGCAAUUCGCAUGCUUUGAAAAGUUUAGACGUUGUGACUUGACGGUGUUGAAGUUUUUCUCUAGGUAUUUGUCUGCUACCUACUUUAGAGUACAUCACCUUAUUUUUUUUCCCUUGAGGGAGCGUCCCCAUUACCAUCAGUUUAUAUAAGAUUCAGGCCGCAGGCCCAGCCCACCUAGGCCCUCCAGGGGCUCUGCCUGAGGACCUCUGGUCACAGACGGGAACGUGUCCCAGCGCCCCCUCUGCUCUGCUUCCUCCCGGGGGCCAUGGGGUUCCCGUGAAUGCAAACCCAGCUUUCCUCCGAGAGCAGAUGUAGGAACACGUUAAUCGUUAAUACACCUCGGCAACCUGAAAAGGCCACGGCCCCCCGGGAAUCUCGUGGGCGUGGCUGGAAGCUUUGAGGGGGAGGGCGGCAGCCAGCAGAGGGAGGUGCGGGGUGGAUGUAGCACCAGGGCUGGGGCCGUCCACGGCGGGCAGCUCGGCCUGGCGAUGGGUUAGCAAGUCCGGGAAGCAGGUUCCCCAAAGUGGCAACAAGUCCCCGAAGCAGUUAUUUGCCAAACCUUGGGGACAGCCAGCUCCCUCCCUCAGCUGUCCUUGCACGAGGCCUGUCCCGGGACAGCAGGGCGGGGGCACCUGGGUCUACCUGAGAGGUUCUGGUCCACACACCUGCCCCUGCUGCCGCUGUGUGGACGGGUGUGCAGACAUGGGGGCCACAUCUAACCCCCGAAUGGCUAUGGAGUCUUCGAGGGCGGGGCUAUGCCCCGUGUACGGAACAGCCCGGUGCUCCCACAGGGCGCGGCGUCGUGCAGUGGGCUUCCCAGGGGUGGCCCCGUGACUGAGUGAGCGAGUGGACACGGGCCACACUCUGGGUACAGGUGCCCAGGGCGCCCAGGGGGCGCUGCCGGCUCCCUCUGGGCCCCACGAACCCUGCCUCCGGCCCAGCCCGGGCGUCCCCUGGGAGGGAGGAUGUGGGCAGCUGCCCGCGUGCCUGGACCGCGGAAGCCCCUGGAGCCUGGACGGCAUGCUGGCGCCCCACAGGGACGCCACGGUGAGGCUGAGACCCCACGUCUGCUUCCUCAGCAAAUGAAGUGUUUUCUGUUUCUGCCAACAGCGCAGAGUCAGAGAGCUGUCCUGUGCUCUGUUCUGGGGCUGGCCCGUGGCCACUCUUGAGGGCUGGGACUCCAUCGGCCACGACGACGUGCUGGCACAGCCCUGGCCGGCCCCCAGGACCCCUGCCCUUGGCCGGUGGCAGCUCUCCCCCCUCCUCCGCAUGCCCCUGUCACUGUCUGUCAGGGUGUGGCCCGCUGUUCCAACCGUGAGGCUCGUGGUGGCCCAGGCCUGGGCGACUAGUGACUGUCUCAAGGGACAUCCUCAGCGGGCGUCCAGCGUGGCAGGCAGCGUCUCCUGGGUGCUGUUCUCACCGCAGGAGGACACGGGGCCGUGGGGGGACAGGGGAGGUGGAGCAGGGAGAACUGGUCACACGCACGGGAGAGAGGUGGGGCGCUGUACCCGCCACAGCCGGUGCCACCUGCUUCUCCCCAAAGAACAGCCAAGCGGGGGCAGUGGGCGCGUGGGCCCGGGGGACGAACAGAGACACGAUCGGAUGGUCACACAGAGCCUGGCCCAGGGCCCAGUGCCUAGAGCAGCGGCCACUGUCCCCGAGGGCAGAGCCCAUCUCACGCGGCCGGGCACCGUGGGAGCAUGGCGGGCGGCUCCUCUGGCCUCGCAGCCCUCAGGGCUGUGACCUGUCCCUGGCUCUCUGGGCACCCGUGUCCCCCAGCUCCCUCUUCUAUGCCGAAAUAGACGCAGGAGCUGACAGCAGUCCUGCCCAGCUGCUGCGGUCCGCGCCUGUCCUGUGGAGAAACUCGGUUACUGCUGUCCUGCUGUAUUAAGGCUUCGAAUCCGCCCCAAAAGGCCUCGUCCCACUAACGGGAUUCCUAAGCUUGGCAAGCAGGUGAGGGGCAGUUUGAGAAUGGAGCUCGCUGCAGUCGCAUCCACCUGCUUUCGGGCCAGCCCGUUAAGCCCUCGGGGGGCGACUUGGCGCCGUGGCAGUCUCAGGUUGUCACGACGAUGGGGCUGGGCGUCCUAGGAUUACGCAAUGCGCAGAGGGUCCUGUUCCGCGAACACGUCCCUCACACCCGCAGGAUCUGCCGACAUGCCGGCGGGCACUCCCAGGUGAGGACCGUGCGUGUGCUGAGCCUGGGGCCCCACCCUGCUUCCCGCCCCGUCACGCAGGAUCGCCCCUGCGGCUUUAACGCCCCUCUUCGCAGGAACGCGAAAGUCACGUGAGUCAAGGGAAGCUGAAACUGAUUUGUUUGUCACGUUAGGGAGUUUUCACCAUUUUAGAAGAUUCUACCUCCACUGGCUACGCUGCUCACGAUAUCUGAGCUGUGAAUAUGAAACACUUCUGUGCCCUGCUGCUUCCGUAGCUGCCACGUUCGUGCAGGUGUCACACACAAUAGGUCCACUUAGCCCUUCUGUUUAAGUCGUCUGCCAUCUCUCUGCUGAUCCAUCUAUCAUGGAUCUAAUUGUGUGGUUGAUGGUGUGUGAUUCCUCCACGCAGCACCCCUCCCGCCCCCAGCGCUGGCCCCUCGGGUCCCUGGGGAGCCGUGUCCCAGCGGCUGGGACGCAGGGCGCAGCCCACGGCUCCUGCAUCGCAUGGCUGCCACCCCUCCUGUCAUGGGCACCUAGAAGGCACGCUCGGGAGGUGGGUGCCCUGGGGGGGUGCAGAGUGCCCAGCCUGAGACACUGGCGGCCACUGUGGAGCGGAGCCCCUCCUUUGGGCUGGGACCAGCGUGUCCCGUCCUUCCUGGAGGUGCUGGCUGUGCCUGGGCGCUGACCCGGACCCACUGCGACCCACUCCCUGAGCUGUGCACAAAAUCUCUGUCAGGGUCCUCCGCUUUUCGCUUCGCCUUUGGGUGCUACCGCUUUCAUUUCCGCGUGUAGAAAAGAUCUAAACCAUUCUGAUCUAAAUCAGAACGCACAUCUUCCGCGCGGCUCUGGGAUUCCUCUUGCCCGGAGCGUGGCAGCCCUUGCGGGGUCUUCCCACCCGGGCACCCCCUCUCCCGCUCAUCUUCCUCCCUCCCCGACAGGGCCAGGCCUCACGGACCAGGCUCCCGGAGGCUGGGGUCACACCCUCUGUGAGACCGGUGACCAGACCCUGGUCCUCUCGGGGACGCCCGCGUGUUCCCUGCUGCGGAGCUACAGACCCUUCGCUGGGACACGGGGGGGCCACACGGCACUAAGCAACUGAUGCCUCCACGCUCACCUGCCCGCCGGGCCCUGACCCGGGCGGCUCCCUCCCGAGCACCGUCCUCUCUGGGCACAUGCCACACCCUCGGAGCAAUGGGGUGAUGUGGGGAGAGCCACACGGACGGUCCACCCUUGUGGACGGCCCUCCGCAGCCUGGCGGGCCUGUAACAACGCUCAGAUGCUCUGAGAAGCAGCGGAAAGUCCGUUACUGCACUGACACCCGCUCAGCAGCCACCGGCAGGGACGGGGCUGCGCCUGUCCCAGGAGGGAUGUGGGGACAGCCAGGACCACAGCCAGGAACAACGACGGGGUGUGUUUCCCACAUUCGCAGCUGCCGGGCUCCAGGGGGAUAAAGCUGCCCCGCUCUCCUCUCCAAGUCCACAGGGCCCCCCAGUUCUGUCUGCAGGCCCCAGGGUUGAGGGCCGGGGUCCCCUCUCGAGUCUGCAUCAUGCUCAGCCCCCUGACAUGGGCUCGAGCAGGUCCUCGUGAGGGGGAAUAAGGACACACAGUCACCUGCUCUUUGCGGGGUGCAUGCACCCGGCACCCCAUUACACCCCGUCUGUGCCGAACGAGGGGACAGGUUCCCCGUCCAUCCUGCUGGCAGCCAGCCAGCCCCUGGGACCCACCCGUGGGCCCCGCCCAAGUCCUCCCCCUCAAAGGCGGCUCCUCGGAUGCACCUGCCUCCCCCAGCCUCCUGCUGCCCCAGUGAUCUGUCCAGACGUGGGCCGGCUUUACAGGCUUCAAAUUCAGCGUGUUUAUUUUCACAGCACACGCGUUACAGGCAAUGCCAGGAAGCACAUUUUAAGGGAGAAAAGCUCGCGUCCACCUCUCCUUCACCUGAGUUUUCUGGGGGCUGGAUGGCUUCGCUCUCUUGCGGCGCUCGCUCAGGCUUCAAGCCCCAGGCUCUGCAGCGUCUCAGCCACGUGCCUCUGGCCUGGGCCACACCCAUGAUCGCCCGUAACUUUGCAUCACCUCCUUGUAAAAAGAAGUGACGACACGCAGUUGGAAAGAUUCUAACGCAAAAGUGGCAUCUCUAAAGUCCUGCGAAGCCCAGGUCGCAGCCGUACCCGCCGUCUCCGUACACGCCGGCUCAGGAGGGGUGAGCCCGGCCCCCAGCAGCGCCAGCCCAGGCGCCCCAAGGGCUCCCCGCGGAGUGCCCCUGCAGCUUAGGGGGCAGAGGCCCCCGGCUGCGCCUGGCGAGGCUGGGGUCCCGCUUUGUGCUUCGCGGGGCCCUCGGCCUCCUCCGGACCCUUGGCAAGGAGCACCGGGGCUUCUCCCUACAGUGGAAUCCAGCUCUUGCUUUCCUCAAGGGCCAGCAGUAGGGUGAACAGUUUGGGAGGAAGACCAAAGACAGGGGAAGGGCGGGCGCGGAGGGGACGCGAGGCGGAAACAGCAGCCCGGCCAUGGGGACUAGAGUGUGGGCUGCGGGCACCCGACCCUGCACCCCCUCCCCCUCAGCCAUGCACAUCCUGGGCUGAGCGCCAGCCCCCCUCUCAUCCUGUGGACAGAGCGAGAGGGAAACCCCGAGACCAGGGACAGAAAGGGCCCUGGAGCAUCACCUCAGCCAUCCCAGGACGGGCUGCAGCUCCAAACAGAGCAAUCUGUCCCCUCCCCUGCGUUUCUAUCCCUCCCCUGUGUGUUUCCAUCCCCCUACCCCAUGUUUAUCCCCCAUGGCAGGAGCUCCAUUAGCCUCCCAUGACUGGUGUCUCCCAAGGAAAGACAAGCCACUUAACUGUUGUCAAAUUCGGUAGGAGACGCUGGGGGUGCCCACCCUGCCCCUCCCGUCCCGAGCUCCCUGCUGGGUGGGCGGCCUGAGCUAGGCCAGGGCUGCCUUGAGGAAAGUCUGACAGAGAAGCUCAGCUCAGGAACCUGCCUGCCGGGACAGACAGCCUGGUGCAGGACAGAGCCCCCAUCGAGUUCCCCCCAUCAGCUCGGAGCUUGAGCUGGUGAGGGCCAACGUCGUCAGGUCACCUCGAUCCCCAAACCCACAGCCUGAUGCUUCAACAGCCCCGAGGGUCGCCCACACUUCUUCUAACUCAGUCGGGUCUCUGGCACCUGCAACCAGGAAUCCAGCCUCCACGUGGCCAGGCAGUGCACACAGCCCAGAGCAGGGGCGUCCGUGCAGGUGCAGUGCAGUCCCACCCCCUGUGUGUGCCGCACCCCUAGGAACUUGGAACCCAGCCGGAGGGGCUGGUGGUGCCCACACUCCACAAACCACCCAGGGCCAGACGACACUGAGAAGAGUGACAGUGUCCUCAACAGGACUGCAAAUCCCGGGGAAGGGCCGGCAGCAACCCCGAGAGCCGGGGAGCCCCCCAGGAGACGUGGCCGGGAGGGGCGAGCCCGGGGAAGGGCCGGCAGCAACCCCGAGAGCCGGGGAGCCCCCCAGGAGACGUGGCCGGGAGGGGCGAGCCCGGGGAAGGGCCGGCAGCGACCCCGAGAGCCGGGGAGCCCCCCAGGAGACGUGGCCGGGAGGGGCGAGCCCGGGGAAGGGCCGGCAGCGACCCCGAGAGCCGGGGAGUCCCCCAGGAGAUGUGGCCGGGAGGGGCGAGCCCGGGGUGAGGGGCAGGGGGGCAGCAGCUCCCCUCUUUGGGGCACCGAUGGGGAUGGCAGUGCCGAGCGCGUCCUGGAGCAGGUGGGUGAACCGCUGUUCCUGUUGGGACGUGGCCUCUGCCUGCCGACAGCACUCCCAGGAUGUCUGUGAGGGCCGCCAGGCUCCGUUUGAUGCACAAAGUCUCCCUCAGGGCUGAUCCCGUCGCUCCAGACACCCUGGCAAAGUGCAGAGACCCCGCCCCACACAGGAUUUACAUGAAUUCAGGGUGACAUCAAGAUGAAUCAGAAAAGCAAAACGGAGGCUUCUCGGGAAGAGCAGGUGGGGGAGACCCUGCGUCCCCUUGGUGUGCCCCUCUGACAACCACGCAGCGCCAGCAGGGGAAGCUUUUAGGGGAACCGGGCUCCUCGCCCCACAGGUCGCCUGUGGGGAGCAGUGUUUGGAUUGACACGCAGGGUCUCGGUGCUGAGACGGCACCAGGAGGAUGGAGCUGGGAUUUAGAGGGCAUCUGGGAGGGGACAGCGGGCCUGGGACCCCCGUCCACUCACGGUCAGGAGCCCUCGUCCCCAGGCCACCCAGGGGAAGGCUUCCCGCUCUCACCCACACGCUCGCUGCCCGCCAGGCCCACGAGCCACAGCUUGGCACACACAAGCUCCCUGUGGCCGGCUGGGCCCAGGGACCCCCGCCCGAGUCCUUGGGUCCUCGGCGACACAGAAGUGGUUCUGCGGGACGUGCUCGGCCUCCUCCCGGUGGCCGGCAACCGGGGCGCGGGGCAGAGGAGUUCUGUGGGCAGUGACCAACUUGACCGCGGGUCUGCUGCCGGGGAGUGACAAGUGACAGGAGACGGUCCCCAAGCUCCCCUCAGCCUGCCACCCGCUGAGGCCCCUUCAGCUCCUUCCCAGAGGCCAACACCUUGCACAGAGCAAGACCCUGGUUGGCUUCAUCCCUUCCUCUUAAAGGCUGACAGGAAAGGGGCCCAGUGACCCUGAGGGGAUCCUCUGGGUAAAAUAGGAAAGAACAGGCAGGAGAGAGCAUUUUUCACUGUUGAGAGCUGAACUAAUGCCUAAGUAGUUCCAAGAAAAUGAGCUAAGGUUUGUUAGAAAGACUUGGUAAUGACAUUAAUUAAAAUCCCAGCUGAAAAAUCUAUUACCUUAUAGAAACAAAUUCUACAAUUUCUGUUUUAAUAAUACACAAAAAAACCACAAAACUUCUGAGAAAGUCUUCUUCAUGUUGAUGUACAUACCAGUUUCACCAUGUGUUAUUCCUAAACAGACUUUUUAAAAGAUUUUUUAAACAAACCCUAAAUAGCGUAUCCCUAUGUAGAAAGCAAAGAAAACACACUUACGUUUAGAAAGAACAUGAAAGCGACUCUGGGCCCACUGCCUGGGGGCGCCCAGCCUUUUCGUCUGUGGACCAGACUUGUGGGCACCAACAGCCAGGGCUCCCUCGGCAGCACUGUCCGCCCGGCGCUCCUUGGGGGCAAGGUCGGUCCUAGGACUGGUUAGCGCGGGUCCAGCUGGUGGGCAGUUAGUAAUCCGGGCAUCGCCUUCCCCUCUCUGCCCCCUUGCCUGGGCCAUGAGUUUCAAGUGACCUCGAGACAAGAUGGGUCAGGAACGUAGCCCACACUGGCCUGAGACUGGGGUGAGGAUGCCCUUUCUAGGGUGAACCCCCUGGGCCCGGGGCUUCUUUGUUACCGAGUGUAGGCCCUAGACCAGUAGCUCUCCACGGCGGCUCUGGGUCCGUGAGCUUGGAGAAAUGCACAUCCCUCGGCCUUGCCCCAGCCCUGGGGCUGCGAUCACGGUGUGGGGUGAGGAGGUGUCUGUGUUUCCACAAACCCCGCAGGUGACCCCAUGUGCGCUCCCCUAGACUUACUGACCAAUGAUGACCUACAGACCCUGGCGACACGUGCAUGAUUUUCUUACACAACUGGAAUCAUUUUAUAUACUGGUGUGUAACUUUCUAAGCCCAAAUCACAAUUACAGCGUCAUUCAUGCUGAAUGCAUCACA